AUGAGCGCCACAGCCACUGUGCACGAGUCAUACACUGUUCUUUACUUUAAACCCAUCACAGUCCACUCCUGUUUGUCGCUGGGUUUCUCUGUCGGCUUAGGAAAGUUGCAACUAUCUGGUAACAGAGACUCUUGCAACAAGGUCUUACAAAACCAGGGUCUCUCUGUUACAUACAGCUCUGGACUCCACCAACACUACACAGACGUAGUAGGAGGCAACGGUUGGUUGGGAGAGUUUGCACUCACGCAUAAUGACUCCCUUGGUUUUCUAACUUGGCUGAAGACACUGAAGGAUCACCCAGAUGUUGUUUCCUACUCCCUCCGGCCAAUCUACGAGCUGAUGACAAAUUAUACACAAAAGACAGGGAUGAAAGCUGCCAUUGAGCAGUACUUAGAGGACAAUGCUGUGAAAAAAUCGCCCAAUGAGCCAAACUGUGGUUCAAACAUUUCUAAUCUGGCUUCCAACUGCUGUCCUCUGCAAGCCUGGAGGGGGACGCUAAGGGUUACCAUUGUGCGAGCCUGGGACCUGAAAGGAGAUACAACUGGCCAGACUGAGAGCUAUGCAAAAAUGUGGUUUGGCUCCAGCUAUCGGCAGACUGAGGUGAUUAAGUCAAACAACCCCCAGUGGAACGCUGAAUAUGAUCUGGAAAAGGUCAGUUAACCCUUAUUAUAGAUC